GAAAGCCAAAUAUCAACGCAAUGCAAAUAAUGAAACAAAUAAUGAAACAAAUAAUGAAGUGAAUAACGAAAUAAAUAACGAAGUAAAUAACGAAGCAAAUAAUAAAGCAAAUAAUAAAGCAAAUAACGAAGCAAAUAAUGCCUUUAAAAGGUUAUUACAGGCAGUUCCUAAAGUAAAUACUUAUCGACUACUUGUGUAUAUUGGGAAUUUGAAAAGAUCAAGAAGGUGCCAGAGGCAAAUACAAUGGGAAGCAGCAGUCAGAACAUCUAAAUUAGAAUUAUUUUGGUUACAAGUAACCAUGGAUGUUAGUUCUUCUAGUUUAGAUAAUAAUUCUGAAACUGAAACUGAAUUUGCCUCAGAAAUUGAGGACAAUGUAAAUUUAUAUAAUCUUGCUAUUGAACAACUAGAAAAUAAAGUUAAAAGUAAUAGUCACAAUGAGAUUGAAAGUGCCCGCCUUAAUGCAAUGCUAUCUUACCUUCGCCUUGUAAAAUGUGGUGAGGAAAAAACUAAGGCUAGUGUUACUGUGACUAAAGCCACUGAGAAAAACAUUUAUCGUGCUUGUUCUAUACAAGCUUGA